AUAUUUCUUGCAGUGGCGUGCAGUGUGAUUUCCUCAACAUUUCAUGUGGUGUCUUUCCUGUUAAUUUCCUGGUCAGUUUCCUCAGCGAAUCCCAAAAGAGGAUAGCAUCUGGACAGUAGAAUCUCGUGAGAUUAGAAAACUGCUGAAAUCCAUCGAGGAAGUUGUGCGCCAAGGACAGAAUUGUAGUGAAAGUUUUCCCGCCUUUAUGCAGCUUCUGUUCUGACCAGGAGAAGAUGUUUGAUCUGGAAAAGGAGUUGCCCAACUACGUUGCAGAGGCCACGGAGGCACUGGAAUUCAAGCUAGUGAGAGAUCCGACAGACUUGGAGGAUGACAGCGUCUCCUUCCAUCCUGUCAUGGCGCACCAGAUUUUCGGGGAGAACGAGAAGAUUUUCGGCUACAAGGAUCUCAAGGUGAAGCUAUACUACACAGCCGGACCACUGAACAUCUUCCUCAGCAUCGACUACAGCCACAAGUUGUCGUUUGAGGAGCACAACAUCACUCCUGACGAUAUAACCUCGCUGAUCUCUGAGAAACUCCCGGCCGGAUGUUACUACACGAAUAUCGACGAGUUCUGCAAUGUGGUGAGGAAGGCGGACUCCUUCCAGCCAUUUGGCGAGAAGAUUGUCCAGUUCGACGUGAAGAGUGACUCCGGAAGUGAGCGGCGCUUUGAGAUCUACUUCUGCGACAACAGCACUCCCAAGUUCUUCCCCUAUCACGCCCGCUUUGAGACAUUCAUCAUGUGGUACAUUGACGCUGCCAGCUACAUCGAGCAGGAUGACCAUCGAUGGCUGUUCUUCUUCUGCUUCGAGAAGUUCACGAACAAGGACGGCAAGUCUUGCUAUGCCUCCGCCGGAUACGGCACAGUCUACCAGUACUACGCCUAUCCUGAGCACGUGCGCCCCAGGAUCAGCCAGCUAAUCGUUCUGCCGCCGUUCCAAAAGUUGGGCAUCGGCUCUCGCCUCAUCCGCACGAUUUACGACCACUUUGAGUCCAACAAGAGCGUGAUUGACAUCACCGUUGAAGAUCCGUCUGAGGACUUUCAGAGCAUCCGAAACUAUAUUGACGCGAAGCUGUGCAUGGCGCUGCCGGCGUUCCAACGCGAAAAGCUACUGGUGGGCUUUUCCAAGGAAAUGGUGGCAGAGGCGAAGGCGAAGGCCAAGAUCAACUCUCUGCAGUGUCGCCGCAUCUACGAAAUCUUACGUCUCUACCACACCAAUGUCCACAACGAGCAGGAGUACCGCUCGUAUCGGCUGGACGUGAAGAAGCGCCUCAAUAUGAUGUACAUUCUGCACAAGAAGAACAUAGAGAAGGCGGAGAAACGCGGCGUGGACGUGACGGCCGCCAAGCUGGGCAUGACGCCCAUCACUGAGAGACUGGAGCAGCUUCACGAGGAAUACAAUCUGCUGGAGCACGAGUAUCAGCGCGUCAUCAAGAAGCUGAAGGAGUGAAAUUGAAGAGGUUUGCGCUCUUUUUUGUCUGAAUAAAGAUUGUUUAAUUUCAUCCCAAA